GACAAAACCGCCCAGUUCCCCUCAACCUCCUUUCCUUCUCCCCUUCACCCUUGCGCUGGUCCUUUUGCAUCCUCAAACCAACUUCUGUCUUUCUUUCGGCUUUUUGCCAGAGUCACUCUUUCCCAGUCGCUAGCCGACGUUCGUUCAUUUGCAAGCCUCCCACCCGCAGUCCCAGUGACUUGAUCCAUUCGUGUCCUACACACCAAUUCACUUCACUACCGAGACCCAUCUUCAGACUCUGAACAACUGCAUCUUCGAUAACCAUGAGGACCCAGUCCAUAUUCUUCGCGCUCGCCGCAGCGCCUGCUGCCCUCGCACAUACAGCCUUCACGAAUCUGUUUGUGGACGGACUGGAUACUGGCGAUGGAGUCGCAAUGAGGAUGAGAAUGGACCCCGAGACCGCCACCUUUCCCAUUGGCGGGGACAAGCUGGGAAGCAACGACCUUGCAUGUAACGUUGGCGGAGACAAGGGCGUGUCCCGCGUACAGUCCGUUCGCGAUGGGGCUACUCUAUCGUUCCAGUUCCGUUCCUGGCCCAACGACGCGUCGAGGGGGUCAAUGGACCCUGGCCACAAGGGCCCUUGCGCCGUGUACCUGAAGAAGGUCGAUUCUGCCAUCAACGACCCAGGCCAUGGUGACGGCUGGUUCAAAGUGUUCCACGCCGGCUACGAUGGCGCCAGUGGCCAAUGGUGUAGCGACAAGCUGAUCGCCAACAACGGUUACUUGUCCAUUGUCUUGCCCAAGGGCCUGCAGGGAGGCUACUAUCUCGCUCGCCCCGAGCUUCUCGCCCUCCACAACGCCAACACCGGCGACCCCCAGUUCUACACCAGCUGCGCUCAGAUCUUCCUGCAGAGUGAUGGGGAUCUGGUGCCCGAAUCCACCGUGAGCAUUCCCGGUUACGUCCAGCUCAGCGACGAGAAUAUGACCUUCGACAUCUACAACCGACCCAACAGCGAAUACAAGCUCCCCGGUCCCCCUGUUGCCAAGCUGACCUCUGCUGCCGGCGUCAACGGUGCUUUCGUCAACCGCCAGACCUCCCAGACCGAGGGCCAGCGUCCGGCCGGCUGCAUCUGCGAAAAUGGCAACUGGUGCGGCAAGGAAGUGCCCGACUACAACAGCGAGUCGUCGUGCUGGGCUUCGGCUGAAAACUGUUGGAAGCAGGCCGAUGACUGCUGGAACUCGGCUGGCCCCACUGGCAACGCUGGCUGCCAGCUCUGGCAGAGCAAGUGCGAGGGUCUCCAGGCUGAGUGCCGUGCUGGACGUUUCAACGGUCCUCCCAACAAGGGCCGAGACUUGACUCCGCCCAAGAAGACCAUCGAUGUCGGCCUUGUUCUCGGUAAUGAGGGCGGCGGCGUCGUUGCAGCUCCCAAUACCGCGGCAGCCCCUGCUCCUAAGCCCAGCGGCGACGUUAACCAGCAGCAGCCCGCCUCAACCCCGGCCUCAACCCCCGCCGCUGCCCCCACUCUGGAUUUCAACGAGAAUGUGGGCGGGUACGAGUCCCCCACCGCUGAUGCUCCCAAACAGACGUCUGUCGACAAGAAUCCUUCCUACGAGCAGGGUCCGGCUCCCACCGAAGACGCUGGCCCUGCUCCCACGCAGGGUCCCCCGUGCAGGCCUGGACAUCCUUGUGUCACCGUUACCCACACGGUCGUUAAGACCGAGGUGGUGUAUGUGACUGCCUAUGCUCAGCAGAGGAGGGCGGCGGGCUUCCACCACAGGAGGCGUUAGGUCGUUUACGGGAGGAGCCUGGGACCAUCAACCCGAUUCGGGCUGUCUUUCUUGAUAUUCGUUUCUGCGACCUUAUGAGUCCGAGGAGGAUGAUCAUAGGUGUUCGCGAGCCGCUAAGGCUCUUUUGGGAUCUGUCUAGAUCUGACAAGAUCAGGUGCACAGAUGACCGCCUGGGAUUGUGGGAAAAAUAAAAUACUAUUUUCUUUUUGAUUGGCUUUGGGAUUCAUCCUUCUAUGAUUCUGCUCUGAUGUGUUAG